AUGAUUGGCCAGAAGACCCUGUACUCCUUCUUCUCCCCGACCCCCGCCAGGAAGCGAGGUGCCGCAAGCCCCGAGCAGGCCGACCCGGGCACCGGCGUGGCAGCAGUAACUGAGGAGAACGGCGAUGCAGCGGCAACCCCAACCAAGAAGGCCCGGACCGAGCAGGAGGAGCCCGGCACGCCGCCCUCCUCGCCGCUGAGCCAAGAGCAGUUGGUCCGCAUCCAAAACAAGGCCGCGGCGCUGCUGAGACUCGCGGCCCGCAACGUGCCGGUGGGCUUUGGCGAGAGUUGGAGGAAGCAGCUCAGCGGAGAGUUCGGGAAGCCGUAUUUCAUAAAGCUAAUGGGAUUUGUUGCCGAAGAAAGAAAACGUUACACUGUUUAUCCACCUCCGCACCAAGUCUUCACGUGGACCCAAACCUGUGACAUAAGGGAUGUGAAGGUUGUCAUCCUGGGACAAGAUCCUUAUCAUGGACCCAAUCAAGCUCAUGGGCUCUGCUUUAGUGUCCAAAGACCCGUUCCACCUCCGCCCAGUUUGGAAAACAUUUAUAAAGAGCUGUCUUCAGACAUUGAUGGUUUUGUUCACCCUGGCCAUGGAGAUUUAUCAGGAUGGGCCAAACAAGGUGUCCUCCUGCUCAACGCUGUGCUCACCGUCCGGGCCCAUCAAGCCAAUUCCCAUAAGGAGAGGGGCUGGGAGCAGUUCACGGACGCGGUCGUGUCCUGGCUGAACCAGAACCUGAACGGCCUCGUCUUCCUGCUCUGGGGCUCUUACGCUCAGAAGAAGGGCAGUGCCAUCGACAGGAAGCGGCACCAUGUACUGCAGACUGCUCAUCCUUCCCCGCUCUCUGUGUAUAGAGGGUUCUUUGGGUGUCGACAUUUUUCUAAAGCCAAUGAGCUUCUGCAGAAAUCUGGCAAGAAGCCCAUCGACUGGAAGGAGCUGUGACCUUGCACGGAAGGCGGAGUCUCUUCUGGGUUGACUCUUGAGAAGCUGCUGUUGAAGUAUCUGUCAGUUAUGAAGUCAUUGAAAGUCUCCUUAUUCUUAAGUGCCUUUUGCAAGAGGAGAGAGUUUCUGUAUAGCAGCAAAGAACCAGGCUGCCCAGCUAGGGACGGCAGAGAGGCACUUGGACCAUUUCCGCAUUUGAACCCUACAGGCACAGUGAGAUGAGAGCCCAGGGAAGGCAAAGGAGGCUCAGCCUAAAAUAAGCACAUGUCUCUGAAAGACGAGAGGUCACGUGCUGAGUUCUCUCCAGCCUCUUAUCUCUGUGGUUCAAGAGGGGGUAAUGCACCUUUUGGUACAGCCAGUGUGGUUUGGUGCUUGCUGCUAGCAAUUUAGCUGAUAGGUUAGACUUUUUAGGUUAAAAGGUGUUUGGUGGUUUGGCUUAGAAAAAGCCCCUUGGUCUUUAGAGGAGUCUUCAGGCCAUUUCCUGGAAGAAUCUGGAGGACCUUUUGCAAGUUUCUAGGAAUCUGUCCCAGAAGCUGAGGAUCAGAGUUUCCUGAUUGUGGUAAAGCAGGGAUCCCUGAGGAGUUACACCUCGCGUGAGCCUCACAGACUGAAUAAAGAAGCAGUGGACUCUUGAACAGAGAAGAGGGUUCUGGGUUUUUUUGUUUUUUGUUUUCAUGCGGGGUAGGGGAUUUUCUAGGGUUAUCAGUUGAAGUGUUUUAAGGAGGGGCAGACUGCCAGAUUCUAUUUUUAUGGACUAGAAUCACUUGGAUUUUUUUUCUCUUCCUGCAUCACUGGAGAAUUUCAUAUUUUUGUAAGAUAUGCAGAUACAUAUUUUUUUAAAGGACAAUCUCUACAGAUCUGGAUUUCCAUGGAGAUUCGUUUUUUGCUGUUAGCUGGGUUACAGAGUUAACCCUGCAUAAGUUUGGUAAUAAAAGAUUGUUGAAG